AGAACGGCGGAAGCCAUACCAAGUACCAUGUACAUUUCCUUCUCAUCUCUGUCCAAGAAGAACCUAUCGAAAGUCCUCCGGCCGAGCUCUUCUCUCAUGACUGCAGAUAGCUUGCUACGGCGUAUCACUGUCUGGACUAUGACCAAGGGAGGUCCGGAAGCAGUUGAGCCAGUUGUUUACUUGCCCUCUUUUUCUGUUGGAGUCAUUCUUGCCUAUUUUAUUAUACGUUACUUGAAGACACUGCAUCUCCGUCAGAACAUCGCGAUCUCUUGAAAAGUGCUGGAAUCCGCCGACCUCCGAGAUUGUU